AUGCAGCCAAAUCGUGGGCGUCACUUGUCCAACUACAACAAUGAAGACAGCAAUCAGUACAGCCAGCAGCAGCAGCUCAGUGGCAACGCCGGAGGUAAUCAUCCCUCAGGCCCGGGUAUAUGUCCCACACUUGAUGCUCCGGUCCACUACUAUCCGUCGCAACCAUCACAACAAUACACACCGCGGCAGUCAUACUAUCAACCAAACCGCGCAUCCAUCGCUACCUCCCAGUUCUCACUUGCUAAGGCUCCGGUGGAGCACAAACCCAUUGCAGUGUACCAAGAGCAGCACUUGGACUAUGGAACCCACGCCACAUCGGGUACUUACUCAGAGCCGCCGAUGGCCAUGGAACGCAUGUGUGAUGUCUGUCAGUACCCUGACCCUGUCCUCGUAGCUCCUAACUGUAACCACACCUUUCACUCUCGUUGCGUUCACGUGUGGCCGAUGGACUCCUGUCCGGCUUGCGCGGAGCCGCUUGACGAGGUAGCAAUCUCUCCAACUGUCAACAUGAUGGCGCGUCCCGAGCCACGCAGCGGAAAGUGGACUCGCCCGGAAGAGAAGUUUAUCGAUGGAGUCCUUCGCGAGUUUGAUCGCCAGGCACUUCCGUUGGCACAUGGUACACCAAUCCGCUUUGUUCUUGCCAAGAUGCUCAACUGCUCCACAAUGCGAUUGUCCAAGAAGUUUCAAAAAAACGCAUUGGGUAAACGUACAUUUAGGGUAACAAAGCCUGGUAAAGGUGAGAAGGCACUACAAUUUGACCCUGUGGACCAUGCGCGACGACAACGCGAGCUAUCGCAAUUGGAGCAGAUUUUUCGUCAAGAGCUCGUGGAUCAGUUCCGGCGCGAAAAUAAUACGGACGAGGGUGCUUUAAUUGAAACGCAGAACCUGUGUGUAGCUGUUCAGCAAUUUUGGGUAAGCAAUAUGCUGAAAUUUGCGGUGCUCGUAGGGCAGCCUGUGGUAGGGAUGGAUGUCUCAGAUGCAAAGAAGCGCAAGCGUGCCAUGCAGCUCCUUCGUAACGGACAGUUUGACGAACUGCUAUCCUGGCAUCAUCAUCCGUCUCCAGUUAGUAGACUUAGUAUUACGCCAAUGCCGCCCGUUCUUACGGCUACGUCGAGCAAUCGCCAAGCUGUGUCAGCGUCAUGGGGCACUAGUGCGGCUAUGCAUUCAUCCUCGGUGGUGGACCAAACGCAACAAGAAAGUGGAUCAUCUAUUCCAGUACUUCUACAUAAAACGGAGCGACCUGCGAAGAAGAUGCGCACGCCUGAAGCGAAUGUCAGAGUUGGUCAUUUUGGAUUGUCAACGGAUCAGUGUGCGGUGUAUCCACAUUACGGGCGUACCUGUUCUCCUGAGCCAUCUGUCUCUUCAUUUGAUUUCAGCCAGCAACAGCAAUAUCACUCGGAGCCGUAUGUGCGUCCAUCUAGUUAUUCACCAUUCCCUGAAGGAAAGACACCAAUUGGAUACGCCAAUGUGUUGCAAUACCAACAGCAACAGCAGCAGAUGCUGCCAGGACUUGCUAUACAUGAUCAGCAGCGAAGUGGCCUCGCGUUAACAGCAUAUCAACGAGCUGGAGAGGUUUAUCAUGCGAGUGGCACAGGUCAGACGGCUCCGUGGGAGGAUCUUCUUGAGAAUAUGUCGUUCGCAGCUAAUUCGGCGAAAGCAAGUGCUGUUGGUCAAGGUCAUUCGUUCGAAAGUGUUGAUCGAUCGAUGCAAUCUUGGUCUGGUAUGCAUAUGAUGUGA